CCUCCGGCAUAAGCCGUGAUAUGUGCAAACACACCAUUUUUUUAUUUUUCAUCUGCGACAGUUCUGGAGUCCGACCUUAAGUCCGACAUUACCCCGCAGCGGGAAAUACGAAAAACUCAGAGACACCGAGAAAGAAAAAGGACCAGAAGAUGAGUGACCCAGAGGAGUUUGGUAUUGAUGAGUGCUCAGCAUCCAGUAGCGCGUGUGAGAAGUCCAUAGACCAGCCUCCAGGCUUUGGUCAGGAACCUGUCCGCUCGGGCUUCACAGAGAAGAGGAGUCAUGUUUCCGCGGAGACGCCUCUGCCGGGCUGUACUUUGUGUCAGGGCGUCCUGAGGAACCCGGUCUCUGCUGGCUGUGGACACUGGUUCUGCAGAGAGUGCAUCACCUCACAUCGACAUGAGGCUGAUUCAGCAGGACACCUCUCCUGUCCUGCGUGUGGAAAGAAACCCCGAACAGAAUCUGGUGAUCGUGGCCAGCUGAGUGUCUUAGAUGAACACAAGAACAGUCUGAAGCAAAAAUAUAGCUGUGUAACUGAAGGAACAGACGAAAGGAGUAGAACCCUCUUUGACAGGAUCUACACCGAACUCUAUAUCAUCGAUGGACCAAGAGAAGAUGUUCAUACCCACCAUGAAGUCAGGCAGCUUCAAACAGCUUCUAUGAUGAGGAAAUUCAAUGAGGCUCCACUGAAGCACUCUGACAUCUUUAAAGCCUCACACAACCAACCCAUCGAGUUGGUUCUCACGACUGGCAUUGCCGGCAUCGGAAAGACGUUCUUGGUGCAGAAGUUCAUCUCUGACUGGGCAAAAGGUUUGACGAACCAAGAUAUCGACUUGGUGAUUCUGUUUCCAUUUCGGGAGCUCAACCUGAUCCAACAUGAGCAGUACAGUCUUCUCACACUGCUUGGUGCUUUCCAUCCCGCACUGCAGAAGAUCACAGCAGCCAGUCUGUCUCACUGUAAGCUUUUGUUCAUCUUUGACGGCCUGGAUGAAAGCAGACUUUCACUGGACUUUGACAGUUUUGAGGUAGUGACUGAUAUCACACAGAAGCUGUCAAUCAGCGUGCUGCUGACAAACCUCAUCAGGGGGAAUCUGCUCCCAUCAGCUCUGGUAUGGAUCACUUCCCGACCAAUGGGAGCAACUCUGAUUCCUCCCUCAUAUGUUGACAGAGUCACAGAGCUGCGAGGCUUCACUGAUGCACAGAUAGACGAUUAUUUCAGGAGGAGAUUCCCUGAAGAGGUCUCAGCCAGCAUAAUUCAUCACAUUAAGAAAUUCAGCAGCCUCCACAUGAUGUGUAGAAUCCCACUCUUCUGCUGGAUCACUGCUACAGUUCUGGAGGACAUGUCGAGUACGGAUCAGAGAGAACAGCUGCUGCCCAAAACCGUGACUGACCUGUAUUCCGGUUUUUUGCUUGUUCAGACAAACAAGAAGAGACUCAAGUAUGUUCAGGGACCCGAGGUUGGUCCACAGGAGCUGUUGAGGGCUGACAAAGAUGUUCUUCUGAAGCUUGGGCAGCUGGCAUAUGAACAUCUGGAAAAAAGAAACAUCGUGUUCUAUCAAGAAGACUUGGAGCAGGUUGGACUUGAUGUGAAAGAAGCUUUUUUGUCCUCUGGACUUUGUGCUCAGAUCUUCAAGAGAGAGUCCGUGUUAUUCCAGAAAUCCAUUUAUUCCUUUGCUCAUCUGAGCAUUCAAGAGUUUCUGGCUGCAGUCUACAUGUUCCACUGUUACACCACCAGGAACACCAAAGUCCUGAAAGACUUCAUUGAAACCAGAUUCCACCAUAUGUCUCUGGACGUCUUUCUGAAGAAAGCCUUAAAGAAAUCUCUUCAAUCUGAAAAUGGCCACCUGGAUCUUUUCGUCCGCUUCCUCCAUGGCCUCUCUCUGGAGUCCAACCAGAGACUCUUGGGCGGUCUGCUGGAUCGGGCAGAUAACAGCCCAGAGACCAUUCAGAGAGUCCUCAAGAACUUGAGGAAAAUGAACACCAGUGAUGACAAUCCUGACAGAAGCAUCAACAUCUUCCACUGCAUGCUGGAGAUGAACGACUUCUCAAUACACAAGGAGAUCGAACAGUUCCUGAAGUCGGAGAACAGCCUGGGGAAGAAACUCAGUGCGAUCCACUGCUCAGCUCUGGCCUACAUGCUGCAGAUGUCAGAGGAGGUUCUGGAUGAGUUAAACCUCAGGAAGUACAGAACAUCUCCAGAAGGAAAACAAAGGCUGAUUCCUGCUGUGAGGAACUGCAGGACGGCUCGACUUUCAGGCUGUGAGCUGUCAGACGUACACUGCCGUGUCGUGGCUGACGCUUUGAGCUCAGAACCCUCUCACCUCCGAAAGCUCGACCUCAGCGGAAAUUAUCUGGAGACUUCAGGAGCGUUGCUGCUGUCUAAUGGCCUGGAGAACUUCAACUGCGAACUGGAGGCUCUGUGGCUUGCCGAGUGUGAAAUCACACCAGCUGGUUGUGGCUUUCUGGGUUCAGCUCUGCGGACCAACCCCUCCCACCUGAAAACUCUUGACCUGAGUGGAAACACGUUGGGAGAUACAGGAGUGGAACAGCUCCGUGGUUUCCUGGAGAGUUCAGACUGCAUACUGGAGAGUUUGAGUCUGAAGGGCUGCCAUCUGUCGGAGCACAGCUGUGACAUUCUGGUCUCGGCUCUGCGGUCGAAUCCCUCCCGUCUGAAAUACUUGGACCUGAGUAACAACGAGCUGCUCGACGUGGGAGUGAGGAAGCUGUUUGUUUUCCUUUUGGAUCCAGGCUUUGGACUGGAGACUCUAAAGUUGGCAAAGUGUCGUGCCACACAUGAAAGCUGUUUUUCUGUAGCCGAAGUUCUGAAAUCCAGCUCUUCCCACCUGAGAGACCUGGACCUGAGCAACAACAAGCUGACGGAUCUCGGCUUAAAGCUUUUCUGUAGCGGACUAAAGAAUUCCCACUGUAAACUGGAGAAGCUGAGCCUCAAAGGAUGUGAGCUUUCAGACGCCAGCUCUCUGGUCUCGGCUUUAAAGUCCAACCCAUCCCAUCUGAGACGUCUGGACCUGAGAAAAAAUGACCUGCAGGACUCAGAACUGUCUGACUUUGUGGAUAAUCUGGGUUUUAAACUGCACACUCUGAGGAUCUUUGAUGCUGAUGGUUCACCUCUGAAAUUGUGUAACCAUCAAAAGAUGAGUGUCGACGAGCUGAAAGGACAGGAUUUACAGCCUCCAGGACCCGAUGCUGCCCAGUUCAAAGGACAUUUGGGACACUUCAGUGAUGAACCUGGACCGUCAGACUUUCAGUUUGAUGACCAAGAAAGGGGAUUUCCAUCUGGCACACAUCAGGAAUGUGAAACAAGCACUGACAGUGAGGACAUACUUAAAGGUGGGCUGACCAGCGGUGAUCCUUACGAUCCAGGGCAGGAGAGCCUGCAACAGUUCAAGUGUCCAGAAGGCCUGACUGAACCACGCACUUUGGAGGGUGGUGGAACUGAGCUGUGGUUAAGGUCUACUAAGGUUUUUUACAGCCUGGAGUGUCCUGGUCCAGGUGUGUUCCCAUGUUAUCAGACCGGACUGGUGUUUGUCAUGUCUCAGGAGGCCGUCCUGCUGUACAGCACAGUCCAGUGGGAUGAACGUUCUCUCGAGUCUGCCGGCUUGAGAGCCGCAGGGCCGCUUUUCAGUAUUGAAUGCUCUGAGAAAGCUGCAGUCCGUGAGCUCCGCCUCCCUCAUGUUCAAACACAAGACUCUCCAAACCUCGAUGGCCUUGUUUGUGUUCACAUCGCUGAAGGCGUGCUUGGUGUCAUCAGGCCACUGGAGAUCACAGACAGUCAUGUGAUUGUCAGAGUCCCCCACCUAUCCUUCUUUGGUCUGGCUUGGGUCCAUUGGAAGAACCUUUGGUACAACAGGAGAACAGUCCGGUCUCAGGUUUUACUGUUCCACCGACCACCAAAACCAAAGGCACAGAAGAAAUUCCUCACUGUCUUUCUGCUGCAGAGCAACAUCCCUGUUCCAGAGGUGGUCGCACAGCAGGAGAAUUCUGAGUACAUCCAGGCACCGUCCAACUGUAAACUCAUCCCAGAGCAGAGAUACACUCUUCAGUGUCCGGAAGCCCUCAAAAUCCAACCCAGGGGGGCAGAUUUUGACACAGAAUAUGGACCAAACUACCAUCCAACAUUUGAGGUCUGGCUUCCUGCAAGCAAAAAAGAAGUAAGCCUCGUGGUCCGAGACGAAAAAGAGGACGUGUGGAAGCAUGAUGUCGCAUUGCCCGAUGCUCUUCAGAGUGAGGAUAUCUUCAGUCCAUGUCCGAAGAAGAAGCUGCACUCAGCGAGGGCACAGCUUAUUGAAAGAUUGAGUGAAGACAAUUUAAAGCAGCUGCUGGACAGACUUUUGCACGAAGGAGUUUUAAAUGAUCAAGAGAGCGAUUCAGUCCAAAGUAGAAACAGAAGUGAUGGAGUUCGAGGUUUGGUUGACAUGGUUCAUCGUAAAGGAAAUGUUGCUUGUUCUGUUUUUAUUAGGGAGCUUUGUGAGUUGGACAGACACCUUUCUGAAGACCUGCAGCUGGCCUGAUGUGAUGAGUGAAAUUGUUCAUGGUAACAGUCAUGUCUUCUAUAGCUUGACUUCAGUGCACUUUUCACUGAGAACACAGAUCAGUUCUGCUUAUCUUGGGUGGUAAAAUGCAGGAUUACCGUGUCUUGCUCUGUACUUCUGAAAGGAAAGAACAAAAUGACAAUGCAUUAAUUCAUUAAUUCUCAACUGUGGCUGUAUUCUGCAGUCUGUUCUCUCAAGCCAUGUGCAAGUGUAUUUUAAUGGUAAUGAUUGUAAAAUAUUGUUAUUUUAAGAUGAAAUACUGGGAAUUUAGGUUUAAAGCUAUUUAAAAUCCAAUAGUGUGACAUACAUGAGUUUUGAAGUCGGUCAUUGGCUGCAAGUUAAACUGGUUUACAGGUGUUUCUAUUAUUUUGUCCAUUUCACAAUGUACUGCAGUACAACUCAUCACACACAUUAAAUAAAUUUCAGGGCAAAUAUGCAAUCAGGGCCUGAUGGCAGCUGCCAACCACGUCUCAUCAAACUAAACAAAUGUUCAUGGAUUUGACUACAUUUGAAUCUUUAACGGGUAACGUGUGUCAUGACAUAGUUCACUGUAAUAUUUUUUUAACUGGAAAUAUUUCAGCUGUGCUAAUGUGUUUUGUAUAUAUAUAUAUUUUUUUAAGUCUGUGCUGAUCUAAAGUGGAUCCUGUAGAGACCUUUUAAAUAGAAA